CGCCGUUCUGACGUUUAUUUACAAAAAUAAUGUACUUAUUGUUAGUAACACUUUUAAAAUAUUUCUUGGUUUUUGGACGUAGAAAAUGUAGUCUAACUAAAUUUUGGUUUAUUAAGUGAAUUAUUGAUACUUUUCUGGGCAAUUUAUUUUGCGCCAUAAUCUGUUCGUGACAGAAUUAAUAAUACAAUACGGCUACUGCGAACGGGGGUGACUUUAAUAACCAUAAAACCUUCUUACUUAAAAUAUUUUGACAAUGAUAGACUGGGUGUCGAUUGUACGCCAUUCUCGGCGUCGGUUUUCAAAUUAUAUGUACGGAGUUCCUAACAAAGUCCGCAGGCGUCGUCGCCAUAAACGACCACCAGCUGACGUCGUCGCUUCCCCUACAGAUCAAUCUAAGUCUUCUUGCUGCUGGGCGGAGAAACUUGAGAAAGCUCGUUAUGCAACCGAAGAAGACAUGCCCCCACCUCCUUCUCCACCCAAAAUCAGAGAAACCAUGCUAAUUGAUGGUAUCACUAGACAAAGCUCGCUAGACAGGGGACUUCAGAGGAAAGUUUCACUGGACCGAGAACCAAACAACAGGGACGCCUCAAAGGUUACCGAUAGCUGGCAAGGUCAUGAUAGCGACCAGGCCCACUCACCCCUACUCGGCUCCGGGGAUAGUAAACAUGUAAACGGUGACGAUGAGUGGGAAUACGAGGAGAUCAUUCUCGAAAGAGGUGGCGCAGGAUUAGGCUUCAGUAUUGCAGGAGGCACCGACAAUCCCCAUAUUGGAGAUGACACUGCCAUUUACAUUACUAAGCUCAUUCCUGGUGGCGCAGCUUCAACGGAUGGCAGACUUAAAGUUAACGAUGCAAUCCUCCAAGUUAACGAUACCGCCGUAGUAAAUGUUCCACAUGCCGUCGCCGUUGAUGCGCUCAAAAAGGCCGGAAACACCGUCAAAUUGCAAGUUCGAAGGAGGCGGCAGCCACGGCAUAUGAAGUUGUUAGAAAUUAUGUUGAUUAAGGGAAAUAAAGGCCUAGGAUUUAGUAUUGCGGGUGGAAUUGGUAACCAACAUAUACCUGGCGAUAAUGGUAUUUAUGUUACCAAAGUGAUGGAAGGUGGUGCAGCUCAAGUAGACGGUAGAUUACUCGUCGGUGAUAAACUCGUCGCUGUUAGGGACCCAGGAGGAGCGGAAGUAAAUUUAGAAAACGUAACACACGAAGAUGCCGUAGCAACGUUAAAAGCGACACAGGAACGUGUAAUCCUUGUUGUCGCUAAACCAGAUAGUGCCUUCAGUGCCCCUCCUUCUGAAAGCUCGCAUUCACCCCAACUGCCACCAGAAGCGCCGCAUGCCUAUCCAGAAUCGGUUCGUUCUUCUUCCCUCGCAUUGCAUACUCCAACGCCACGUGCCGUUAGCCAUGAGGAUAUUUCUAGAGACGUAAGAACUAUCAUCCUGCAAAAGGGCAAUCAAGGGCUCGGUUUUAAUAUUGUCGGAGGAGAAGAUGGAGAAGGAAUAUUCGUUUCGUUUAUCCUAGCGGGAGGAGCGGCGGAUGUCAGCGGAGAACUGAGAAGAGGAGAUCAAAUUCUUAGUGUUAAUGGCGUAAACUUGCGUAAUGCAACGCACGAGGAAGCGGCGGCCGCGCUUAAGGGUACUAAUCAAGUUGCAACAAUAGUGGCGCAAUACAGGCCGGAGGAGUAUAACCGUUUCGAGGCAAAAAUCCAUGACCUAAAACAACAAAUGUCGAAUCAAGCGAUGACGGGAACUCUCUUAAGGACGUCGCAGAAACGGUCACUUUUCGUUAGAGCAUUAUUUGAUUAUGAUCCGACAAAGGAUGAUGGUUUACCUAGUAGAGGGUUAGCGUUUCAGUACGGAGAUAUUUUACAUGUUACAAACGCUAGCGACGACGAAUGGUGGCAAGCAAGGCGGGUACUUAACAAUGGUGAUGAGCAAGGAAUGGGUAUUGUUCCAUCAAAGAGGAGAUGGGAAAGAAAACAGCGCGCUAGAGAUAGAUCUGUGAAAUUUCAGGGACACAUGCCGAGUGCGGUUGAAAAGCAAUCAACAUUAGAUAGGAAGAAGAAAAACUUUUCAUUUAGUCGAAAGUUUCCCUUCAUGAAAAGCAAAGAUGACAAAUCCGAAGAUGGAUCUGACCAGGAACACUAUUCGCGAUCUACUACUCCUAUUGCCGAUAAAGAUAGUGAACCUACUCCGUUCAUGCUGUGCUACACGCAAGAUGACGCAACUACAGAAGGUGAAAUAUUAUAUCGAGUUGAACUGCCAUACAUGGAAGAAAUCACAUUAAUAUAUCUGGAGAAUAAUGAUAAUUAUGACGACUAUAGUAAUGAAGAAAGUGUAUUAUCAUAUGAACCAGUUCAACAAAUGCAGAUUAGUUAUACUCGACCUGUUAUCAUUUUGGGACCUUUAAAAGAUCGCAUCAAUGAUGACUUAAUAUCGGAAUUCCCUGACAAAUUUGGGAGCUGCGUUCCUCAUACCACGAGACCUAAACGUGAAUAUGAAGUUGAUGCGAGAGAUUAUCACUUUGUUGCCUCUAGGGAACAAAUGGAAAAAGAUAUUCAAAAUCAUCUGUUUAUUGAAGCGGGCCAAUAUAAUGAUAAUUUAUAUGGCACCUCAGUAGCUUCGGUGCGGGAGGUUGCUGAAAAGGGAAAACAUUGUAUUCUGGAUGUAAGUGGAAAUGCUAUUAAGAGACUACAAGUAGCACAACUUCAUCCAAUCGCAGUCUUCAUCAAACCAAAAUCGGUCGAGUCAAUACUGGAAAUGAAUAAACGAAUGACGGAGGAGCAAGCAAAGAAGACUUACGAGCGCGCUUUAAAAAUGGAACAAGAAUUUUGCGAAUAUUUUACAGCCGUUGUCCAAGGUGAUACUCCUGAAGAUAUUUAUAAAGAAGUAAAACAAGUAAUUCGAGAACAAUCUGGUCCAAGCAUCUGGGUACCGGCUAAAGAUCAACUGUGACGUUCAGCCCUGCCGGCAUGGACAUUUCCUCCACGCUCACUGUUGCACUGAACUUGAAUAGAUGUUAACCAGGAUCCGAUAUUUAACUACGACGGUGCCUCCUAACGUGUGCUUGUGACCAGCUCAGUUAUUUGUUGAUUGACCUAUAGUGGCCCCAAAUAAUCUCAUUAGUGUCUGGUGAUAUUUCAUAGCGUUACCGUGACGGCUUCUGUAAAUGUGAAAAUACCCUUGGGCUCUUCAAAGUAAAAGUCCGGUUUGGUCGCACUUGUGUUGUUUGUGAGAUUAUUCAAAAAUUUUAGAUCCACAUGAAAACUCCUUUAUACAAUAGCAAAUUGUUAAUUGAUGAAUUUAGUAGAUUUAUUGAUGUUUCUUUGUAGCGUAGAUCACUUAAUCCCUGCCAAUAAUUUGUAACAAUUGUAAAUACAUAUUAAGGAUCUAUGUGUAGUGUAAAACAAACAAAUCUGUUAUUGUUAUUCAAAGAUCAAGUUGUGACCUAACUUAUUUGCGUUAAUAAAAGAAUUUUAAUAUGAAA